UGUAUCAUAAAAGCCAACACCCCAGCACUUUUCCGUCAGCACAGCUGGGAUGCUUGGCAGGUUUUUUAAAAGACUUCCUUUGCUGAGACGGUGAAACAGCGAGGAUGAAAGACCGCGCGUUGACACGCGGCUCGGCAGCGUGAAAGAGAGCCGCGGUGUUUACUCACCUGCCGAAAAAACCCCGGCCGCAGGAUCACUUCCUGUGUAGCGCUGCUUUUAGCAAAGGCCCCGGGGAGGGAACCAACCCAACAUCAGGGCACCCAGCACUGGCACAGCUGUGAGAAACGUCAGGAGAAAACGUGCGGUUUGGGGUGAACUGGCUGUUUAUCUUUGACAUUUAUGACUUCGUUUUCGCAUCAUAAAAAAAAUACCUGCGCAGGUUCUACAACCUGCCCUUAGGGCUCCUGGGGGCUGGAAAGGCCUCGGACGCCAUGAGGCAGAAGGUCCGGGAGAUGCAGGCCUUUUUUCGGCUGAAGGUGACGGGGAACCUGGACUCCAACACCCUGGAAGUGAUGAGCAUGCCCCGCUGCGGUGUCCCGGAUGUGGGAGAGUACAACUUCUUCCCCAGAAACCUCAAAUGGCCGAGCACGAACGUGACCUUCAGGAUAGAGAACUACACUCCGGACCUGCCGAAGUCCGACGUGGACAAGGCCAUCCGCAAUGCCUUCAACGUCUGGAGCGAAGUGACCCCUCUGCAUUUCAAGAAACUGCACGAGGGCACCGCUGACAUCAUGAUCUCCUUCGGCACGAAAGAGCAUGGAGACUUCAACCCCUUCGAUGGCCAGAAUGGGCUGCUUGCCCACGCCUACCCCCCCGGAAUAGGGAUUGGUGGGGAUACUCACUUUGAUGAAGAUGAGAACUGGUCAAAAGACUCACAUGAGUACAACCUGUUCUUGGUGGCAAGUCAUGAAUUUGGGCACGCCCUUGGCCUGUCCCAUUCCACGGACCCAGGGGCGCUGAUGUACCCUGUGUACUCCUACUCCCCUGGGCGUCCCCUGUCCCAGGAUGACAUUAAUGGGAUACAAGAGCUCUACGGUCCAAACCCCAACCCUCCACACGUCAAACCCAAGCCCGUGGCACCAGAAAAGUGUGACCCCAUGCUCAGCUUCGAUGCGGUGACUGAACUGAGGGGGGAAACGGUCGUCUUCAAGGACAGGUUUUACUGGCGCAUACAUCCUCAGCUUCCUGACCCUGACCAGAUGCUGAUCAAAUCCACCUGGCCCUCCAUCCCAAAGAAAGUGGACGCUGCGUAUGAGAACCCCGAAAAAGACCUGGUCUUCAUAUUCAGCGGAAUCAAAAUGUGGGCGCUCAACGGAUACAACCUGGUGGAGGGCUACCCCAAAUACAUCCACAAACUGGGCCUGCCCAAAAGCGUUCGCAAAAUCGAUGCCGCUCUCUACGUUCCGGACACGGGGAAGACCCUGUUUUUCACAGAUGAGAAAUACUGGAGCUACGACGAGACCCGAGGACGGAUGGACGUCGGCUACCCGCGGGACAUAGAGGAUGACUUCCCUGGCAUCGGCGACGAAGUGGACGCCGCAGCAUUUCACUACGGACAUUUGUACUUCUACCACAACGAAAUCCGGUUUGAGUACAGCCUCAGUGCACGGAAGGUCAUCCAAAUAACGAGGGCGAACUCCAUCUUCAACUGCUGAUUCGCUCCUCCAAAGAGACGACCCUCAGUCCCGGCACUUGACCCCAUCUUCAGAGAUUAAAGCAUUCCACUCCGCUUUUCUUUUUCCCACAACGUAUGAAUUGCUCUCUCUGACCAGGCGUGGACUGCUGAGAAAGCUGCAUUUUUUUCGUUUUUAUUUUGGUACAAACAGCAGGUCUGAUUAAGUGGGUGAUCAGAGAUCUCCAAUGUGGUGAAGUUUCCUUAAUAUUAUUUAAUUUGUUAACGUAAUAAUUUAUAUUCUAUAUGUGUAUUUUUGGUAUGGCUGUUAUAUUUAAGUUUUGCAAUAUAUUAUUAUUUUAUACAGUAGAAGGUUCGGUACUUUGAAACUGUGUCUAAAUGCAAGGCAAAUGCAGUGAGGCCUGAUGGGAAAUCAGGUGACUGAACAAAGAAAACAAGGCAUUCACUUGAUAUCAGGAUAUCAGCCCCUGAUAUCAAACUAAAAUCUGAUUGAAAUUGGUCACAUGAUAUUGUCAACAUUCAUUUUUCAUUACUAAGACAACUGCAGCCAUUUAAAUGAAUUUGUACUAUUUAAGCCACUGACAAAAUUAGCAAAUAAUUGCAGUUAAACUUCUUUAUGAGUUUGGCGGUGGCUGAAAUAAAUGAAAAUCACAAUGCAGUUAAAUAAAAUAGAGCCUUGGUGUCAUGAACUGUGAAUGUCUUUUUUAUUUUCUACUGAAAUGUUUAAUAUUAUAUAAUGUGCGUUGAAUUGUAUUUGGUGGAAGGAGCUAUGUCAAAUAAAAUGUUUUGAGAAGCAUAUUUUAAA